UGGUCAUUUUUGACGCAUCCUAUUGGCUAAUAACUUUCGCAGAUAGGGUAAAAAUUCGCUCCUUAUAAGGCUAUAUGAAAAUACGCGAAAAAAUUAAAAAUGAAAUCAAGGUCAGUGAAGUUGCGAAGGUGAAGAAAUCAUGAUGGUGUUAUCAAACGUGAAGUCGUAUUUAGCUUCAGGAAAUUUGAACGACCUUCAAAAAGUUUCAAGUUCUUUGAGAACUACGCUGGAUAAUAAACUGAGAGAUCCCGAUUUCUCAGUUUUAUUAGAUGAAGGCGCUGUGAAACGAAACGAAGAAGCCGAAAGUUUCAUCCCAAAGGAUCAUCUGAAGGAUAAUUCUAUUCGGGCUCUCAGGUCAGUGACAGACGGUGAUUGUUUAUACAGCAGUGCUUCUCUGGCUGUUUCAGGUACGAAUGAUUUAAUAGAUGAGCUUAGAGCUUUAACUUGCAUAGAGCUUUUCGAAAAUUCUCUAUUCUACUCAAACCAUCCAAUUUUUGUAUCUUUAUGUCAAUCUUCAGAUUUGUUUUCCUGUGUAGAAAGUACAUUAAAGUUUUCAGUUAGCCAUUCCUCUGUAGACACAGGUCUUUCGGCAGCAGAUCUUGUACAGAAGGAAGCUAUUCUUAUGUGCAGUAAAAACAUAUGGUCAUCUUUUAUCUGUAUACUUGCCCUUACCAGUGUAUUAAAAAGAAAUAUUUCCACUUUAUAUCCUGAUUGUGGUCAGCUACGAUUCAAGACGCUUUUCAAUCAGAAUAUUUUUCCUCGUCUGCCUUCAAAUAAAAAUUUACAGCCUGUUUCAAUUUUAUUUUGCAAUAAUGGCAAACAUUCUGGGCAAUUUAAACCCAAUCAUUUUGUCCCUUUAGUUUCCAUUAAAUUGAGUAAAGCUACGUUAAAGCGUCCUGCUCAAUAUUUUCAAGCUAGGUUGCCAUACUUUAUGAAGACAGAGAGCAAAAUAAAAAGAACUGAAAACGUAUGUGUCUCAUCACCAAAUUUUUCCUCUUCAUUAGGCCAAACAACAUUAGUUAAUCAAUGUGGUACUUCUGGCACUAAUGAGGAGACUUCUUCCAUUUCAAAAAAGCCAACCUUUAACUUUAAAAACUUUUUUGUCAAAGGAAAUGCUAAGUUAAAACCUAUUACACCUGAAAAAGUUUUUUCUGCAAAACCUUUAUUAAAUUCUUUCCCCCCAGGUUAUAUUGAUGGUAUUGGAAAAUUUGAUGUAGGCACUUAUUACAAGCAAGCUCCACACCUUAGUGAUCAUGAUAUAGUCACAUAUGUUGAUAACGUAACAAAACCUGAUCAAGGAUUCACUUUUCCUAGGGACAAACUUAAUAGGCGAUUUCGAUAUGUUUGGUUUGCUCAAUUUCUGUGGCUAGCAUAUUCUAAUCACAUGGAUGCUGCGUUUUGUCUGCCUUGCACAUUAUUGCAUCAAAAAGUAAAUUUAAAAUCUGCAUUAGCUACUAAUCUUAUUUCAAAGGGGCAGAACUACUGGAAUGACAGUGUUUCGGUCUAUAAAAAACAUGAAAAAAGUGCUCUUCAUAAGGACACCUCUUCUAUUUUGACUUCUUUAAGGACUAACCAGUCAGGUACAACCAAAAAAAUUAAUGAACUGGUAUCUACUAUGUAUUCCAAAAAGGUAGAAGCCAACAGAAUUUUUUUAGCAGCUAUUAUUGAUACAGUUAUUCUUUGUGGCCGCCUAUGCAUUUCCCUGAGAGGACACAGAGACAACUUAAAAGAUUUUCCUGAAGUUGGUGGCUAUGCUCCUUAUUCUGUAGGUAAUUUUCUUGACCUUUUAAAUUAUAGAGUAAGAGGGGGUGAUAUAGCUUUAGGUAAUCAUUUAAAAGCCUGUUCAAAAAAUGCAACUUACUUAUCACCACAAACACAGAAUGAAAUUAUUUCAUGUUGUGGUGAUUAUAUAACAGACAAAAUAAUAUCUGCAGUUAAACAAGCUAAAUUUUUUUCAAUAAUUUGUGACGAAGCUUGCGACACAUCUACCAAGGAACAAAUGUCAGUAGUACUUCGUUUUGUAGACCAACAUUGUAACUUGCGAGAGGAAUUCAUAAGGUUUGUUCAUUGUAGUGAAGGGCUCUCAGGUUUGUCUCUUUCAAAGGUCAUUUUAAAAACCUUGAAUGAACUUUCUCUUGACAUACAGAAUUGUCGAGGUCAAUGUUAUGAUGGUGCUGGGAAUGUAGCUGGUAAAAUUAAUGGUUGUCAGGCUCAUAUUUUAAAGCAAAACAGAUUAGAUUUAUACACACACUGUUCUUCUCAUCGCCUAAAUUUAGUUGUCUGUAAUUCGUGCUCUGUACAUUAUGUCCGCAACAUGAUGGAUCAAAUCAAACAGAUAACAUAUUUUUUCAAAUUUUCUGAAAGUAGAUUGAAACUUUUACGAAAGAAUGUUGCUGACUUUACUAACAAUCCUAAUUAUGCUCAUAUUAUUGAUUUUUGUAACACUAGGUGGGUGGAACGUAUUAUUGGCAUGAGUGUUUUUAAUGAUUUAUUUGAAGGCAUUUUAGCUACUUUUGAUGAGAUGGCCCUUAACCCUAAUGGGGUAAUUAAUGCUGAUUUCCCAACCCUUUAACUAUUUCAAAUGAGCUAGAGGUGUGGGUAACCUUUUGGCAAAAUAUGGAAAAAGAAAAUCCUGAAUCCAUUCCAAACUCCAUUGAAGCUACUCUUAAAGCUUUCCCUCGUGCAGAUGGAGUCUUUAGCAACAUAGAGGUGGCCCUUAGAAUUUUAGCCACUAUUCCCAUGACUUCAUGCGAGUGUGAAAGAUCCUUUUCUGCAAUGAGGAGACUAAAAAACUAUUGCAGAUCAACAAUGACAGAAGAAAGGUUUAAUGGUCUUGCUCUACUCCAUGUUCAUUUGGGUGUUCAAAUAAAUAAAGAAGAUAUAAUUAAUAGGUUUUCCGCCAAGGGACCACGCAGGUUAGAUUUUGUCUAAUCAUUUUCUUUUUUCAACUUUUUUGAUUAACUUCCAUCUCAAUCUUUAUUAAGAUGUAUUAUAAGUAAGGUAUUUAUAUAUAAAAAAUUUAAAUAAAUAAGCAACUUACCCCCACUUCUAGCCUAAUAUUAAGUAAAUACCCCAUUUCUAGCCUAAUAUUAAGUAAACACCCCUUUUUCCAUUUUACUGUCAUUUUGACCGGUAGAUAUACAUGUAUAUUUAUGUAUCUGAUUUGAUUGAUUCACUCAUUCAUGGUUUGGGUAUGAAACUCUGAUCCUUGCCAUGUUUUUAUUCAUUCAUUCAUGUUAGAUUUAAUUUGUCCAUGGUUCCAUUUCAUUAUAUUUUUGAAAUUUUUGUUAAUAGUUAUGAAGAAAGAAGAUUUUGAUUUGGUUAUAUUUUUAAUAACCUCCAAUCUGCAAAAAACAUUAUUUUGGUGCUGAAUAUGAAGAAAGAAGAAUGAAGAUUUUAGUUAUUGCAUUAAUAACUUUCAAUCUAUAAAAAACAUUAUUAUGGUGUUAUGCUGUCUUAUUGCUGGUUUGAUUACAACCUUGCUAAUAAAUAUUGUAAUGUA